AUGUCUGUAGUUGAGAACAUUCCUCUGGAACCAAGGGCCAAAAGACAGAGCAUCGAACCAAACGAUCCUCUUUCGUAUUCUAACAAAAGAUGUGGUCACUGGUUCGUUCAUCACGGAGUAUGCACCGCUUGCGACUCAUCCGUUGACGAAAGCCAAGGUCAAGCCUUCGAUUAUCUUUUGUACGGUUUACAGCUAAGCCACGAGGCUGUAGCUGUAACAAAGCACCUUACCACACUCGUCUCUUGUUCCAACAAGAAAAAACUUCACCUAGUCCUUGACUUGGACCACACGCUUCUCCACACCACUCAUCUAUUACGUCUCACCGAAGCAGAGAAGUAUCUAAUCGAAGAAGCCGGUUCAAAUACAAGAGACGAUCUAUACAAGUGGCAGGCACAAGAAUUCUUCACAAAGCUAAGACCUUUUGUUAGAGAAUUCUUGGAAGAAGCUAACAAGUUGUUCACAAUGUCGAGGAAGAGCACACAUGCAAAGCCAUACUCUGAGGAGAAGACAGACGAAAGUGAAAACGACGGUGGAUUGGCCAUUGUUUUGAAGAUAUUCAAAGAAGUUCAUUGUGGAUUCUUCAAUGUCGUUGAGGAAAAAGAGUUGGAGUUUAAAGACGUGAGGUUGUUACUACAGGAGAUAGAAUUCAACCAUGCCGACAAAGAAUCAUUUAAUUCUGUAGAAACUUUAUAA